GAACGGCGAUUUACCUACGAUGCCGUCUUUGAUGAUGAUGUUACGCAGCAGGACUUGUAUCAGCAAGUUUCGGCUCCGCUGUUGACGAGCUUUGUUGAUGGCUACAACGCGACUAUUAUGGCCUAUGGGCAGACUGGUUCGGGAAAGACUUUUACGAUGGGGAGCGAAGCUCACACCGAGCUGGAAGUAGGAAUUAACACCGGCUUGAUUCCUCGCUUUAUGCACGGACUUUUCACGAGUUUGCAAAGCAAAAAAGACGCUUCCGACCUCGAACACUCCAACAACAGCCUGAUCGACUAUCAUCUGCAGGCUUCAUUUCUGGAAGUCUACGGCGAAGAUGUACACGAUCUCUUGGAUCCAAGGCGCCAUUCUCUGCCUCUACGAGAAGAUUCCAGCGGCGCUAUCGUUUGCAACGGGCUCACGCAUCGGGGCGUACAGACAGCUCAAGAGGUCUUGAACGUGUUGCACGAGGGGACCUUGAACCGCACCACUGCCGCAACGCUCAUGAACUUGACGAGUAGUCGAUCCCACGCCGUUUUCACCGUCACUCUUGCACAAAAAUACUGUCGAGAUGGAGUGGACGUAUCGGUGAGCAGUCGCUUUACCUUUGUUGACCUGGCGGGCAGUGAAAGAAUGAAAAAGACUGGAGCUCAGGGGGAACGCGCUCGGGAGGGUAUCAAAAUUAACGAAGGUCUUCUCGCGUUAGGAAAUGUCAUCAAUGCUUUAGCAGAAAACAAGAAAGCUCACGUUCCCUACCGCCAGUCCAAACUGACGCGCUUGCUACAAGAUGCUCUGGGUGGAAAUAGCCAGACGCUCUUUUUGGCCUGCGUUUCACCAUCGGACACAAACGCCUCCGAAACCUUAUCCACUAUGCACUACGCCAAUCGGGCCCGCAAUAUUCAAAACGCUCCC